GAUUUAUCCAAGACAAACAAACUGUAUUCAUAACUAAAAGAAGAACCAAAACGCAGAUAAUCGAUGGCGACCAGCGGUAAUGACAACUGCAAUGCAAACGACAGUGUUUGGCAGUUCAGAGGAAACGGUGCGACGAGUGAUGCAGCUGCGGUAACAUUGAGAAAACUCGUGUUUGGAAUGUUUAAGAACUGCAACUUCAACAAUGGAAAGACCAUCUUGCCCUCCACGACUCAUAGCUUCAAGACUUGCCCUGAAGCGGAGGAAGCUGUGGCUGCAGCCGUCCGCUCCGGCAUGGCCAACUCAUAUGCACCUAGCCCUGGAAUUUUCAACGCUAGAAGAGCGGUGGCAGAUUAUCUAAAUUGCGAGCUUCCUACUAAGCUAAGACCGGAGGAUGUGUAUAUCACGGGCGGAUGCAACCAAGCGAUUGAGAUCGUAAUAGAUUCUCUCGCAGGCAAUCCAGCAGGCAACAUUCUGCUUCCUAAUCCAGGAUAUCCUCACUAUGAUGCUCGCGCUAUUCACAGCGGCGUCGAGGUUCGCAAAUACGAUCUCCUCCCGGAAAGAGAUUUUGAGAUUGAUCUGGAUGGCCUCGAGGCUGCUGCCGAUAAGAAUACCGUCGCACUUGUCCUCAUCAACCCCAACAAUCCAUGUGGAAACGUCUACACCUACGAUCAUCUUAAAAAGGUUGCGGAGAUGGCUAAAAAACUCGGUAUAGUGGUUAUAUCCGACGAAGUAUAUGAUAAGGUUGUAUAUGGAGAAAGGCCCUUUGUUCCAAUGGGUACAUUUGCAUCGAUAGCUCCGGUGAUCACGUUCGGAUCCAUAUCCAAAGGAUGGGUUGUACCUGGCUGGAGAAUUGGCUGGAUGGCCAUGAACGAUCCUAAUCGCAUUCUUAAAAAUGCAGGGGUAGUUGAAUCAAUCGAGGAUUGUCUUGAUCUAACUCCACAGCCUUCAUUUCUUCUUCAGGAAGCACUUCCUGAAAUAUUGGAGAAAACACCUAAGGAGUACUUCGUCAAGAAGAAUAAAGCUAUGAAACGCAAUGUAGAGCUUUCAUUUGAGAGGCUACGGGACAUCCCUUGUCUUUUUUGCCACAAGAAACCUGAAUCUUGUUCUUACUUAUGGUUAAGGCUUGACACAUCAGUGUUAGAUUAUAUAGAAAAUGAUCUCGAUUUUUGCACAAAGCUAGUCAGUGAAGAGAGUCUAAUCCUUGUACCAGGAGUGGCUUUAGGAGCAAAGAAUUGGGUGAGGAUCUCGAUCGGCACUGAAGAAUCAGAGUUAGCGGAAACAUUCGACAGAUUAAAAAGUUUCUACAGUCGUCAUGCCAUUUCCAAAGAAAAUAUCAAAUCCCAUGGUGAUACCGUUAAUCAGAUAGUUGUCGCUGUCAUCUGAUUGUAGUCAUUUUACUCCAAGGGGGGGGUGUAUUGAAUCUGAAAUUUGAAAUAAUUUGAAGUAAUUUGUAGAUGAUUACAGGAGAAUUAGAGAAUUUGGUGUGAUUUUUGUUAAAACACUCUAGAAUCUCAUCUAAAACAGUGAGUUUUGGAUUUUUAUUUUUAUAACUAAGAAACUCCCUUCAAACA